AUGCUAGGCUUUAUUGGGGAUGCUCAACUCUUACAAUGUGGAUUGACUGGCAGACACCUGAGGGCUUCGGUUAACCUCUGCUUCGAUAUAAUCUCUGGAUCUUUGGCCAGCCGGCUGAUUGAGAAACCGAAACUCGAACCAUGCUCCGUCGUUAAGGGUGUAGCAGGACCGCCCCCUCCAGAGUCAAUGCGACCUGGCAAAGAGAUUGUGGAACGUAGACUCGAGGCCGGCUGGCCAAUCGUAACAGCGUGUGCCCACAACGACUCGACAAGGCGCACAAUUAUCGGGCAAUGCGAACCGGCAAACACGAAACUGGGUGACACUGACGUCGUCAGGUCCGCAUGGCGAUUGGCUUGA